AUGCAUCAACAGAUAGGAACAUCCUCUCCCUCAGUAUCUCAACAAAUAGCUGAUGUUCAGCGGCUCGUUGAGAAGUCUGGUGUGAAGUAUGUCAUGCAUUCAGCUGGAACAACUCUAGAAGGCUCAUGGGACGCUGUUUUUGCUGUUAUUGGGCAGGCACAUACCAUGCUGCAUAGCGAGGGUAUUGUUCGUAUCCAGACAGAUAUAAGGGUUGGGUCCAGAACCGACAAAGUGCAAAGAAUGGAAGACAAAGUGGCUGUUGUUGAGAAACUGCUGGGGAAGUCUUGA